AUGCUAAAAGACGUUUCAGGUGUUUUAUACCUUGGCAGUAACGCUUUCCAUCUCCGUAAUGCCAGCCCUGACAAGCACAGUGGUUCAACAGACACUUUGCUUGUGGAUGGCACUGUCUGUCUGAAUGACAGUUACCUGCAAUAAAAAACAACGCAUUAUCUCGAUCCCUUAAAAUGAACUCAGAGCAGUAAUCUGCAAGAUGUACACUUGUCGCUCUUAAGAAUUUUUAGAGUUUUAAUUGUUCCCGUUUCUUGGAAUUUUUUGUUUAUUUGUUUUGGAGUUUGCCCCUCCAAAGUUUGAUACAGUCAAACAUGAACACUGCUUUACAGACACCCGCUUAAAACGGAAACCUCAUUAUUACGGUCAGUUUACUUUGUCCCUUGGGAAAAAAAGCCCUUACAUUUCUCUAAAUAGACCUCUUUAGCUUCUGUGUUUUGUUUUCCCAAAACAGGUCAUGUGAUAAUACUCUAGAGAACUGUUCCUCUCAAGUUUUGUCUAAUUCACGUGCAUAUCUGGGCAUAAUUUAUGAAAAGACAAAGGGCCAAGUUCCCCUGGGACCUCUACUGGAAAAGAAAACAUACAAGCUAAAGAGGUCUAUUCGAUCAGCCCGCUUUAUGCGGACACCCCGUUAAACUCCUGCUUACUCUUAAUGCGUGUCUGGCAACUUUGUGAGACCACAAGGGAAUACAAGCGAGUAAGGAGCUUGAAAAUUCAUAGUUUGCAGACCAAAACUUCCCUGAAAAUGCGUGCGAAUGUUACAAAUUAUAUUCCUUAACUUUAAUUCUAUAGGCGUAGGUGAGCAGCGUUAGGUUUAAUCGAGGAUUGGAGCAAGUUAAACACACAGUGCAACUCAGGAGGUCUUGCAAAAACCAAAGGGAAAAACAAACGCUCAAUACUUCCUACCCCACAUGAACGGCCAUAAUGAAUAAAAUGAGGUUUGAACUCUAAUGCCACUGCCAUUUGAUAAACGCAAACGGCUAUAAAAUUGCAAUAAUAAAUGUGUGAUCAUGGUUUAUUUUAUACGUGUACUUUGAGUUUGCCGACUUUUCACUUUGGCUUUGACUCAGAGUGUUUUAUAUUUCUUGUUAGUGUCCACCUCGAAGGAAAAAGAUGGAGAAAAAUUCCAAAAUUUAAUGAUUGAAAAAACAACGCAGUUCGAGGAACCAGGCUUUGAAGAGGCAUGCCUUCUUGCCUGUUAAAGAAAACCUUGACCUUAGCCAUUUCACAGCGGUGACCAACCCAAUCUUUGUUUGACAUGCUUUACUUCUUUGGGGGUAAACACUUUUUUCUCCCUCUUAUUUUGUGUUGCUAAUUUUGACAGUCAAUUGCUUAUGUGUUCUUGUGGUAUUUGCUGUUACUAUCAUGUUGAAAUAUAAAACUUUAACGCCCGAGCUUACUGUUAACAUGUUUAUACUACUGCACGAGAAAUUUCUGCAAUUUGAUUGGCUUGGAGCAGUGGUAUUUCAGCUUAAUUUGAAGUACUUACAUGUGAAAAUUACAAGCCUAUUGCGAGUAGUGGUAUAAACAAAUAAUAGCAUGAUUUGUACGAGAUAUUUGGCAUAAAUACCACUCGUGAUAUUUCAAAAUUGUCUCAAAUUACGUUUAACAAUUUCGAAGUAUCACUACAAAUCAUGUUAUAACCUAUACUAAUAUAAAUGUAAAGAUCGCGCGUCUUGCUGUCCUCUUAUACCAGACAUUAAGUUUUAGAUUAAAAAAACUCUCUAAAAGUUUUCACAAGUGUUAUCCUUACCUCCCGAGACACUCUUAGGGUACAUAAAAAGGAAGCAGCAAAAGACUCCAAGAACAAUGGACUUAGAUAGCCAACCCAUUCUGGACUAGGGCAUCAUUGCGGCAGUCUCCUCCAAACGUACUGCCAGGGUAGAUGGUGUUUAAGGCCAAGAUAGAAUGAAAGCACGACGCAUUCAAGCAAAGAAGUCUUGAUCAGGUUGCUUACAAUUACACGUCACAAAUCAAUUAUAAUAAGCUGAUUUAGCAACCGAACGGGAACGUCCGUUGACGACUGCGCGCGCAAAUCAAACAACUGCAUUGACCAAUGGCAGAGCGGCAAAUUGGAUACCGGAAGUUGAGUUUAGUCCUUUCCGCGCGCUUACCCGUCGUCAAAUGACGUUCCCGUUCUGUUGCUAGCCUAAUGUUUUAGAGCGAGAGUAAUCCAUUGCGCGCGCGCCAUGCCUCCAUCUUAGUUAAAAAACAAAAAAAGGCCUUUAUUGAUUUAUUUAAUUCCGCCAUUUUUAAACGAUCAGGUGUCAAAAACACACGAGCGUUUAAUUGCGCUUAGUCAGGUCAGGACAUAUUUCUGAGCAGUAAUUUGCAAUUUGCAGAUUGCCCUCAUCCAAUUUUUUGAAGCUAUUUUAUAAACUGGUCAACAUUAUCAUUCUCGUAUACAGGUACGUGAGUGGGUCCACCAGCCCUUGGGUUGUCGUCGUAAAAAGACUUACGUCGCACUUUCAGAAUAUAAUAUCAAAUCCAACUCACCCUGCGGUGUUUUGGGGUUUAUUCCCGAUUGGUGUUUACGGAGAGUGCCGUUUAGACUAAUUUUUAAACAAAGUCGAACAACUUUCAAACAACUCUCAAACUUAUUUUUUCAUACCGACAUUGCCCAUAUGGCCCGGAGUCCAUACUCGGCAGAUACGUGGAUAUGCGUCUGCAGAAAUAAGGGGUGUCGACCCUGUGUGAGAUUGAGGUCUUUUUAAACGGUAAGUAAAAUAGUACUUUUUGCUUACUCGUAACAACGACCUCAACCUCAUACUGGGUCAAAACCCCUUUUGGCUAUUUUUUGCUGUUGCGGAAACUAUUGCUGUUUAGCUAUUAUUUUUUAAUGUGGAUAUCUUUUUUUGGCUUUUUCAAUCUUUUGCCCAUUUUCUCCAAGUGCUUAUGCACGUCUCUGUCUCUGCUUCUGCCUCUCAAAGGGUUGGAAUUUGGCUUUCGAACUCUUUUCACGCCCCAUGUAAGAGAAUCCAAGAAACUCUUCGGAUUUUGGAUUCAACUCCGUGGACUCCGGAUUCCAGGUACUUGACUCCAGUCUUUGUCAGUGGAAAUCUAUUCCUCAAUGGGAUUCCGUAUUUCUUGCUCUGUAUUCCAGAUUCCAAAGCCCAGGAUUCCGGAUUCCGCAAGCAACAAUUCCCCGGUUUCUGGAAUCUGAAUUCCUUAAAUGGGGCGAAUCUUCUAAAACAAGAACGUUUAUUAAACAUGUUUAUCGUCUUCGAAAUUUGCAGAGUACCAGGCCAGUCUCGCCUUAGGUCUGGUGACGACGGGGAUAGUGACGAUAAGGAGAAUAGAUACAAAGAGGACUUUACUCCUUUCUAGGAAUUAAGAGGGAAGAACACAAAUGGUGUGGAAAUGAAAGAGGAAUUAGCUCCUUUCGGGAAGGAGAACGGCUCGAGGGAGGAUAGUGGAGGAGGGGGAAGCGGAAGCGGAAGUGGAGAUCACUUCGUUCCAUUUGACGAGGAAAAGAACAAUGGAAAAAGGCUUUAG